GCCUCCGCUAGUGCUGCCUGCUCCCGGCUAUGGACAACCCUGGGGCCCCAGCCCCGACUGCGGCCCCGGGCCCGGGCAAGAAGGAGCUGAAAAUCGUGAUUGUAGGCGACGGCGGCUGCGGCAAGACUUCACUGCUCAUGGUGUACAGCCAGGGGUCCUUCCCCGAGCACUACGCCCCAUCCGUGUUCGAGAAGUACACGGCCAGCGUGACCGUGGGCAGCAAGGAGGUGACCCUGAACUUAUACGACACCGCCGGGCAGGAAGAUUAUGACCGGCUGCGGCCCCUGUCCUACCAGAACACCCAGCUCGUGCUCAUCUGCUAUGACGUCAUGAACCCCACCAGCUAUGACAACGUUCUCAUCAAGUGGUUCCCGGAGGUCACCCACUUCUGCCGUGGGAUCCCUAUGGUGCUCAUUGGCUGCAAGACAGACCUGAGGAAAGACAAGGAGCAGCUGCGCAAGCUCCGGGCGGCCCAGCUGGAGCCCAUCACCUACACGCAGGGCCAGAGCGCCUGCGAGCAGAUCCAAGCUGCCCUCUACCUGGAAUGUUCUGCCAAGUUUCGGGAGAACGUGGAGGACGUCUUCCGAGAGGCCGCCAAAGUUGCCCUCAGUGCUCUGAAGAAAGCACAGCGGCAGAAACAACACCGCCUGUGCUUGCUGCUUUGACACCUCCCGGCGGGGCCCAUGGCCCUCACGAUAGAACUGACAGGACCCAGGUCCCCCGCUCCAGACUACUCCCCAGAUCCUGCCCCCUCCCCAGC